UCCUAUGCCACAGCCAAAUCCCGCACUAUCGCCGUCCGGCUGAUCUCCAUGGCCAUGACGGGGUACUACAGGACGAUGGUACGUCCUCGCACGUCGAGACCAAUGAGCAUGAUGAAGUACGACCCUGUAGUCAAGAGGCAGGUGCUGUUCUUGGAACAGAAACGAGGGAAAUAA